ACAUAGAUUCCAUCUCCGUCUGUCUCCUCUCGCAACCUGAAAGAAUUACGGGCAUCAAAGAUAAGGUUUCAGACAAAUGCAAAUGUUCUUCUUCUGAAGUCCAAGAUAUGGCCGCACAAGGGUCGAAGAAGAAGACGACGACCCUUUUCUCUCUCCUUUCCUUCUUCUCAACUGGGGUUUAAACAAGCACCUGCCCAUUCGGAUACAGCAGGAACGAUAGCUCGCUGCAAGAACCGACCUACAACAUGGAACGGAAUUCAAGUCAAACUAGUGGUGGCAUCAUGUGGUUCUUCCGCAACCGGGGUUUCGACGAUAAAAGUAUAAACGAAAUGUUCAAAAGGUGCAAGCGCCUCGAAUCUGUGCAAAAGGAAAGGGCUUCUGAAAAUUGGGAGUACUUGAGGAGCAUUGGCAUUGAGGAGAGAAAGCUUCCUCAUAUUGUUUCCAAAUGCCCGAAAAUCCUUGCGCUUGGCCUCAACGAGAAGCUUAUUCCAAUGGUAGAAUGCCUUGCUACACUAGGAACUAGACCUACUGAAGUUGCCUCUGCCAUUGCGAAGUUCCCUCACAUACUUUCCCACAGUGUGGAAGAGAAGCUCUGUCCGCUACUGGCUUUUUUUCAGGCAAUGGGAGUCCCCGAAAAGCAAGUUGGGAAAAUCGUUUUGCUUAACCCGAGGCUCAUUAGCUACAGCAUUGAGUCGAAGCUAACGGAGACUGUCAACUUUCUUGCUAGUCUUGGCCUUACAAGAGAAGGAACGAUAGGCAAAGUUCUGGUGAAGAACCCAUUCAUCAUGGGCUAUAGUGUUGAGAAGAGACUGCGCCCUACCUCUGAGUUUUUGAAAUCCUUAGGUCUCGCAGAGGUGGAUCUUCAAAAGGUGGUGAUAAACUUCCCUGAAGUCUUGUGUCGAGACGAGAACAAGAUUCUAAGACAUAAUUUCUCUUUUCUGGAAAGCUGUGGAUUCAACCAUGGGCAGAUAGCGACUUUGGUGACUGGUUAUCCUCCAAUUCUGAUUAAAAGCAUUAACAACUCUUUAAAACCUCGGAUUAGGUUUUUGAUUGAUACAAUGGGGAGACGACUUGACGAAGCUGCUGAUUAUCCUGACUUCUUUCGCCAUAGUCUGAAAAAGAGACUAGAGCGACGUUACAAACUUUUGAGCCGAAGGAACAUCAGUUGUAGCUUGAGCGAGAUGCUGGAUUGUGAUCAAAAGAAGUUCUUACUUAAGUUCGAUUUGAUUGGAGGAUUCACCUGAGGUAGUAGUUACCUCUUUCUUUCAUUCUUACAAAAUUUUUGUAGAAUAGCUUUAGCUAUUAUUCUGUACCCCUGAUGCUCGAGGUGAAGUGAUCUUGUAUAUGGUCCUAGUCAGAAAAUUCAGAUGCUAAGUGAAAUGAUCCUUUUGGCAAAUUCAGCGCAAUUUUUCAGUAUCUAAUUUGUAGGUUCGUUGCAUGGCCUUAAUGAUCUUGUUUGCUGGUGGUUUGCUUGGUGUGCUUAGCUGAAGUGCAAACAUCUUACAGAGAUUGAAUCAAGAGAUGUAUUGUUUUCUCCAUAGCUGAGAUGAAUUGAAUGCUCAUUUGAA